GCGGCCAAGUGUUCCCCCCAUCCCACAGAGGCGGAGAUUUCUUAGGGCUUGAGAUGGUCGCAGUUUUGGGUUGGUUAGCGGGAGCAGAGAAACCAAUUCCUAAGCUUAUCCAUCACCCCCUCCCCCUGAAUCUUUCUUCUUCCCCUUCAUCUACAGUGCAGGAACGAGGUCGGGUUCAAAGAAUCUUGCAGCUGAUAUUCCCGGAAAUUAGUAUCGGCGCAACUUCUGGACCUCCCCUGAUCGUCUCUUCUCUCUUGUAGAACCUGUAGACACCAAGUGAUAGCGCGAGAGAAGAUCCCUUCUCCGUCAUUGUCCGGGUCACGAGACCUGAUCUGGAGAGAAUCAUUUUGAGUAUCACUCAGGAAGAACCAUGGAUGGAACUGAUGAUAGGUACACAAAAGAUGGCACAACUGAUAUCCAUGGAAAUCCAGCUGUGAGGAAGGAUACUGGCAAUUGGAGGGCUUGUCCUUACAUUCUUGCGAAUGAAUGCUGCGAAAGGCUGGCAUAUUAUGGGAUGAGCACAAAUUUAGUGAACUAUAUGAAGGACCGUCUCCACCAGGGAAAUACAACAGCAUCAAAUAAUGUCACAAACUGGUCAGGAACAUGCUAUAUCAUGACACUGCUUGGGGCCUUUGUUGCUGAUUCCUACUUGGGAAGAUAUUGGACGAUUGCAAGUUUCAUGACAGUUUACAUCAUUGGUUUGACACUUCUAACAAUGACAGCAUCUGUCAAAGGUCUGGAACCUACUUGUCACGAUGGCGUCUGUGAUCCCACAAAGGCACAAACAGCAAUGGUUUUUGUAGCGCUUUAUCUCAUUGCACUGGGAACUGGAGGAAUAAAGCCUUGUGUCGCCUCUUUCGGUGCUGACCAAUUCGAUGAAUCAGAUGAAUCGGAGAAGAAAAGGAAGAGCUCCUUCUUCAAUUGGUUCUACUUCUCCAUCAACAUUGGUGCCUUGGUUGCUUCUUCUGUGCUAGUAUGGAUACAAACCAAUGUAGGAUGGGGCUGGGGGUUUGGAAUACCAGCAGUGGUGAUGGCAAUAGCAGUUGUGAGCUUCCUCUUGGGAACCCCAUUGUACAGGCACCAGAAACCUGGAGGAAGUCCGGUCACACGCGUUGCUCAGGUCAUCGUAGCAUCGUUGAGAAAGACUGGAGCCAAGGUGCCCGAUGACAAGUCUCUUCUUUACGAGGUCGCAGAGAAGGAAUCUGUCAUACACGGUAGCCGUAAGCUUGAACACACUGACGAAUUGAAGUUCCUUGACAAGGCUGCAGUUGUCACUCGAGAUGACAAGAACUGUGUGAACUCCUGGAGGCUGUGCACUGUCACCCAAGUCGAAGAGCUCAAGAGCAUCGUGAGAUUGCUUCCAAUAUUGGCGAGCGGCGUCCUCUUCGCUACGACCUACAGCCAGAUGGGAACCAUGUUUGUGCUCCAAGGCAACACUUUAGAUCCUCGUAUGGGUCCUCACUUCGAGAUUCCAGCAGCCUCGCUCUCCAUAUUUGACACCAUCAGCGUGAUCGUUUGGGUCCCCAUCUACGACCGGAUGAUCGUCCCCGUGGCACGCAGGUUCACCGGCCGCGAGCGUGGCUUCACUCAGCUGACUCGGAUGGGCAUCGGCCUGGGCAUCUCGAUCUUGGCCAUGUUGUCUGCCGGAAUUAUGGAGGUCGUGAGGCUCCACAUCGUGGCGAGUCACAACUUAUACGACUCCGAAGACUACGUGCCGAUCUCCAUAUUCUGGCAGAUCCCGCAGUACUUCUUGGUGGGAGCAGCUGAGAUCUUCACCUUCAUUGGACAAUUGGAGUUCUUCUACGACCAGGCACCGGAUGCCAUGAGGAGCUUGUGCAGUGCCCUGUCACUCGCCACCGUGGCACUCGGCAAUUACGUGAGCUCCCUGCUCGUCACAAUAGUCACAGGCAUCACGACGAGGAACGGCAGGCUUGGAUGGAUUCCAGAUAACCUGAACGGAGGGCACAUCGAUUACUUCUUUUGGCUCUUGGCAAUUCUCAGCACGGUCAAUUUAAUGGUGUAUCUUUUGAUCGCCAACUGGUACACCUACAAGAAGACGACAGACGAUGACAAUGAACUCCAGUAGUCAUCGUUGUCGGUGUUCCUAUCGCACGGAUCAUGUUUUAUUUGCUUCAUGUACGUAAUAGACAUUGCCUUCAUGCUUCACAUAGCCAUAUGAAAUUAAUGCGUCAAGUGAGAGUCUCUCACUGGAUGAUGCUACAUGUAGCUUAUACUCGACCAUUAGC